AUGGGUUGUGGCACAUCUUUUCCAGAUAGGGAUUCAGGGCAGCUAGGUCGACCUAAUUCAGAGAAUGGUGGAGGACAGGACGCUAAGAAUCUUCGUGUCAAGCUCGUCCUCUUAGGUGAUUCUGGUGUUGGUAAGAGUUGUAUUGUUCUGCGAUUUGUCCGUGGUCAGUUUGAUCCAACAUCCAAGGUAACUGUUGGAGCAUCUUUCUUGUCACAAACAAUUGCUCUUCAAGACUCUACAACAGUCAAGUUUGAAAUAUGGGAUACUGCUGGUCAAGAGAGGUAUGCUGCUCUUGCACCACUGUAUUAUCGUGGUGCAGCGGUUGCAGUUAUUGUCUAUGAUAUAACAAGCCCGGAAUCUUUCAGCAAAGCACAGUACUGGGUUAAGGAGCUACAAAAACAUGGAAGCCCUGAUAUAGUGAUGGCAUUGGUUGGUAAUAAAGCUGAUCUUCACGAGAAGCGAGAAGUGGCUGUUCAGGAUGGCAUGGACUAUUCAGAAAAGAACGGAAUGUUUUUUAUAGAGACAUCUGCAAAGACUGCGGAUAAUAUCAACGAACUGUUUGAGGACAUUGUUGACUAUGCUACUAGCAGGCUUCCCUACGAUGUUCUUGCUGCAUGA